GCCCCCUACUCACAGCCUCUAUUCAGCCUCCUAAACAAACACGAUAUCCUUUAAUCACAACCCGAACUGUGAAUACCGUGUUGGAGAAACCCUGGAAAAGAAGAUGAAGAAGUAUUUUGGAUUUUUCUUCGGGGUUUCAUCACUAUAAGAAAAAAAAAAAAAAAAAAUAGCAAGAUUCCACAAAGCAACAUUGACAUCAUCUGAGAAAGAAGCAUGGCUUCACAGAACACACGGCGCAGUUAUUCCAUUAUACCCUGCUUCAUAUUUGUAGAGCUUGUCAUCAUGGCUGGGACUGUGCUGCUGGCUUACUACUUUGAGUGCACAGACACCUUUGGAGUGCACAUCCAGGGUUUCUUCUGCAAUGACGCUGACCUGAUGAAGCCCUACCCAGGUGUAGAAGAUGAGAGUUUCAUUCCACCACUUGUCCUGUACUGUGUAGUUGCAGCCGCCCCCACAGCUAUUAUUUUCACUGGUGAGAUUUCUAUGUACUUCAUAAAAUCAACAAGAGAAAGCCUUAUAGCCCAGGAGAAGACUAUUGUGACGGGAGAGUGCUGCUACCUGAAUCCUCUUAUUCGGAGAAUUAUACGAUUUAUAGGUGUAUUUGCUUUUGGACUGUUCGCUACUGACAUAUUUGUGAAUGCUGGCCAAGUUGUAACUGGGAAUUUGGCUCCAUACUUUUUAAUUGUUUGUAAGCCAAAUUACACCGGAACAGAAUGCCGCUUCAAUCACCAGUUCAUCUCCAAUGGAAACAUCUGCACGGGUAACCAAGGGGUGGUUGAAAAGGCCAGAAGAUCGUUCCCUUCAAAAGAUGCAUCUUUAAGUGUUUACUCUGCAGUAUAUGUGACAAUGUACAUCACAAGCACUAUAAAAACAAAAAGCAGUCGGCUGGCCAAACCGGUCCUUUGUCUUGGAACCCUCUGUGCUGCAUUCCUGACAGGACUCAACAGGGUAUCUGAAUAUCGAAAUCACUGUUCCGAUGUGAUAGCCGGAUUCAUUUUGGGAAGUGCAGUGGCUUUGUUCUUGGGAAUCUGUGUGGUUCACAACUUUAAAGGAGUCCAUGGAAGCCCCACAAAACAGAAAGCAGAGGACUACCGUGGGCUGCCACUGAUGACAUUCCCUCGGGUGGAGAGCCCCCUGGAAACACUGAGUGCACAGAACCACUCUGCAUCAAUGACGGAAGUGACAUGACUCGGAGGGCAACAUCAAGUUGUUUUUUCUUCACCUCAGCACCUCUAGGCACACAGUUGUUUUGUACUCAGUGUCAAACUGUAAAAAAAAAAAGAA